GCCGCCUGCCCCCCUAGUUCCCGAGCGGGUUCACCGGCUGAGGACUCGGUUCCUGGCGCUUCCCGCUUACACGGAGCCGGCCCUGGCCCGCUCCCCUUAUUUUGGGAUUUGGGGAGACUGGAUAGUGAUUGCAGACCCUCAGUUGCAUUUUUGUUGGGAUUUUCCCGGAAGAAUGGACUCUGACAAUUUAUCCUAAGAAUUAAUUUUUUUUAAGAAGAAUGUUUAUAUGCGAUAGUCCCCCAAUUAGGUUAAAUGCUGCUUUCCCACUUUCACUUUGCAAAAACACGUUUUGGGCGUGAAUGGGUGUGGCCCUGGCUCCAGCCCGCUCUCUGGGGGUGAGAAUGGUGUGCGCUUGGACGGGUCGCUUCCCCCCCGGGGGCUGCGCGUGCUCGUGUGAAAAUGAGUCUACACUGCACCAUCCAGCAAUAAAGUGCAUCCGUGCGUCUGUCUGUACGGGGGGUCGUGGUACCCUGCUUAGGAGCCAGCGGGAAGCCCCCAGCCCUGUAGUGGGACAUAAGCACCAUGCAAACGAGUUUUGAAGGAUGUUUGUCCCAAGAUCUCUCAAAGUCAAGAGGAAUGCUAAUGAUGAUGGCAAAAGUUGGGCGGCUAAGAGAGUUAAACCAGAAGCAGAAGACCUUCAGUUGGAUGAAGGCCGAGAGGGUCCAGUGGAUGGUGCAGUGGCCACGCCAGACGGGCCCCGCCCCGCGCCAUGCCCCUCCCCGGGUCCAGCGGGCCCGAUGGCCAAGGUCGGUGUGGCUGGACCUGGGCAGGGCGCAAAGGACAGCGGCCUUUCCGAAGAGCCUGUUAAGUCAUUUUCCAAAACCCAGCGCUGGGCAGAGCCCGGGGAGCCUGUCUGUGUGGUCUGCGGCCGGUACGGAGAGUACAUCUGCGACAGGACGGACGAGGACGUGUGUAGUCUGGAGUGCAAGGCGAGACAUCUCCUGACGGUGCAGGAAGAGGAAGAGAAGUUAAAACUCGGCGGGCCCCAGGGAGCCGACUCUGAGCCAGCGUCUCUACCACAGGCAGGUUACGUCUACAAAGAGCACCCCUUCAUUUCGAACCUGCAGGGGGACCAGAUUGAAAAUCUUAAACGGCAGCUGGGAAUUGUAGUUCAAGGGCGAGACGUCCCCAGGCCCAUCAUUGACUUUGAGCAUUGUGGCUUCCCUGAGGCCUUAAAUCACAACUUGAAGGAAGCAGGCUACGAGGUCCCCACCCCCAUCCAGAUGCAGAUGGUCCCCGUGGGCCUGCUGGGUAGGGACAUCCUGGCCAGUGCGGACACCGGCUCGGGAAAAACGGCCGCGUUCCUGCUUCCUGUCAUCCUCCGAGCUCUGUUGGAGAGCAAGACCCCCGCUGCCCUCAUUCUGACACCAACGAGAGAGUUAGCCAUCCAGAUAGAGAGACAGGCCAAGGAGCUGAUGACCGGGCUGCCGCGCAUGAAGACCGUGCUGCUGGUGGGGGGCCUGCCGCUCCCCCCUCAGCUCCACCGGCUGCGACAGCAUGUCAAGGUUAUCAUAGCAACUCCAGGGCGACUUCUGGAUAUAAUCAAGCAGAACGCUGUAGACCUCUGCGGGAUAAAAAUUGUCGUAGUAGAUGAAGCCGACACCAUGUUAAAGAUGGGCUUUCAACAGCAGGUGCUUGACGUCUUGGAAAACGUGCCUCAGGAUUGUCAGACCAUUUUGGUUUCCGCUACAAUUCCAACCAGCAUAGAGCAACUCGCAGGCCAGCUUCUGCACAACCCUGUGAGGAUCGUCACCGGAGAAAAGAACCUGCCGUGUUCCAGUGUGCGUCAGAUUAUUUUGUGGAUAGAGGAACCAGCCAAAAAGAAAAAAUUAUUUGAAAUCUUAAAUGAUAAGAAACUCUUUAAGCCUCCAGUGUUAGUGUUUGUGGACUGCAAACUGGGGGCAGAUCUGCUGAGCGAAGCAGUUCAGAAAGUCACAGGUCUGAAAAGCGUGUCUAUACAUUCGGAGAAAUCGCAGACAGAGAGGAGAAACAUCCUGAAGGGACUGCUGGAGGGAGACUAUGAAGUCGUCGUGAGCACCGGGGUCCUGGGACGCGGCCUGGACUUGGUCAGCGUGAAGCUGGUCGUGAAUUUCGACAUGCCAUCCAGCAUGGACGAGUACGUGCAUCAGAUUGGAAGAGUGGGGAGAUUAGGUCAAAAUGGAACAGCGAUUACUUUCAUCAAUAACAAUUCCAAAAGACUCUUCUGGGAUAUUGCAAAAAGAGUAAAACCCACAGGAUCCAUUCUUCCGCCCCAGUUGUUAAAUUCUCCUUACCUUCAUGACCAGAAAAGAAAGGAACAGCAGAGGGAGAAACAGACACAGAACGAUCUGGUCACAGAGGCUAAUCUUAUGGCCAUUAUCAGAAAACAUGAUAAAAGUAAUUCUCAAAAGUGAUUUGUUAUACCACUUUGAAUAAUUUUAUAUUGUGUAUUGUCAGUGAAAUUUCUGUAUGUUAUCACUCUCCGGUUUGAGUAAAUGGCAGAUGUACAUGAAAUGAAAAAAUUUAACAUGAUUUAAAAAUGUUUAAUAGAAUAUCAAAUUUAUACAGCAAUAUUGUAUUUAUUUCCCUUUAUGCCACUUAUAAAUUAAAACAUCAGAAAAU